GUCAAAACAGAAAGUGCUAGUAAAUAAAUAUUAACAACAAUAAAGCUAUAUUAUAAGUACAUACAAUUUAAUUAUUUUAUAUAAUUGUAAAUAACUAUUCUUAGUGAAAAUAUGGUUUGUGAUAAAUGCCAAAAAAAAUGCGGAAAAGUAAUAACUCCAGAUCCUUGGAAAUCUGGAGCAAGAAAUACCACAGAAUCAGGAGGCCGAAAAGUUAAUGAAAAUAAAGCAUUAACUGCAGCCAAAAAUCGUUUCAAUCCAUACACCACAAAAUUUGAAACUUGCAGAAUAUGUAGACAAAAAGUACAUCAAGUUGGAUCACACUACUGUCAAUCAUGUGCUUAUAAAAAGGGAAUAUGUGCCAUGUGUGGAAAAAAAAUAAUCAGUACCAAAAAUUACAAGCAAUCGGCAGUAUAGUUUAAACUGGCUGUGUAGGCUUAAAAUGUGAAAAGUGUAUUUUAGUUUAAUCAUAUUAAUUGAAUUAUUGUUAGGGAGAUGAUGUAGUGGAAUGGGGCACUCAAUGUUGAAGAUGGUUUCUGAGAAUUAUAACUUCUAGCUUCACAUAUCCCUUCUUUGCAUGAUUUUUUCUUUAUCGGUAAAUAAAUCAAGGUGAUAUAAUUUAUGUUCAAAAUUAAAGGAUAAAUGGUUAAAAAACUAUUAGUAUAUAUUUAUGGUAGAGAUUGAACAAAAAACAAUAUGAUGGAAAUUUCCAUCAUUAUGCAAAAUUAUAUCAUUAGCUUAGUAGUAAAUAGAAAUAAAAGAGGAUAUCAUUGGAUAUUUUUUAUUCUUUAUGAUAAUUAACAAAACAAUCAUUAUUUUUAUUUAUUCACAAAUUGUAGAAUACCCUUUAGAUUUAGAAUAUUUGCACAGGAGUGACCCACCCACUGUUGUCUAAUGUUCAGCAACAUCUAUUCUUAUAUCUUUUGGAGGUGGAGGAACUGUAUCAAAUCUUUCAUUGAGGCGCUGUAGUACAGCUCAGAUUUUAUGGAGUCUGUCAUGUUCUGGGUGUCCUACGGGUUUAUGAAGAUGAUUAUUAUUGAAAUGUAACAAUGAGUAAAAAUAUUUUUUCUUAUACAUUAAGAGAUAAGUAACUGCAGUGUGAUGUUAAAUUCUAUCAUGUGGUAUUUUUUAAAUUAAAUUCGAACUUUUUCAGAAAUUGCUCAAAUAAGGUUGAAGAAUCCCGACUCUAUAGUUAUAUAGCGGUUGUCUGGGGUUUUUUUAAGUGGUUUUUUCAUUAUGAAUGGUUGACAGUCCUGCUAAUGACAUUUUUAAGUGCUGUCAUCUUGACAUUCAUUUUUACUUCAUGUAUUCCGAUUUACUUGUAAUUUGAAUUUAUUUUGUCAAGCAAUUAAAAACUAAACUGAAAAAGUUUGUUUGGAUUAGAACAUGAAAAUCACAUCAAAUAAUAAUAGAAACACAUGUUACAAACUCAAAUAUAAUAAAACAAAAUUAAAAACGAAAUCAUAUGCUUAUUGCAACCAAGGUUACUAGAAUAAUAGAAGGUUUGUGACAAGCGGCUGUUUUUGUAAACAAACGAUCAGCUGCUAGAUCAUAAGCUACAUCAUUAUGUUUACAUUUUUGUUUUGUUUAUAUAUUUAUGUCAAACAGAACCUCACUAACAUUAUGUUUGAAUUAUGAGGAUGUGUGUUAUCUCUGGCUGAUCUGGCUAUACAAACGAAUUUAUUGAGACUUGUUGCUGUUCUCACAACUGUGAAGAACCGGUGAUGUCACUUGUCAACUGCGCAUCUUGUUAUUGUCACAAACCUUCUGUUAUUCUAGUAACCUUGAUUGCAACUACAAUAAGCAGUGGAAUGACAACUUCAAGUUCAUACACAGAAUGAACGGGGGCAUGACGCGCUCUUGACGUCGAAGUUAACCAACUUUCUACUUUUUCGCGCUGAUCGUCUUGAAUGUCAAAAACAUAACCUCACUUUCCUCGUCUGAAUCUAAUUCGUUCAUUUUAAAAUAUGUUGUAGUAAAGUUAUUGUAGAAAUUUCUUUUCAAAUUGAGGAGUCUCACCCACCAACGCCGCCGUGUCAAAUGUCGCUUUGUAUAUAUUUCUCUACACAUUUAAUACAGUAAAGUAAAUAUAUCUUAUUAAUAAUUUAAAAUCGUUGAAUGCUCUAGGUUUUACUGAUUUUCCAAUGACAAAGAGAGGUAGCUUAGUGACCCUAAUGCGUUCGAACACAAAGCAACUUCACUAGAAAUGAUUCUCUUAAACUUUCUGAAAAUUGACUUGCUGCUGGCUCAUCUGCUGACAUUUUUUCCCCACAUACGCUGAUAAAGUGAACUCCAUGGCGUUUUUUCCAUCUUGCCAGCCAGCCAUCCCUUGCAGUAAACGUACCUUCUCCUCCAAGUUUUGCGUGAAGGAUUAUUGCCUUCUCUUUUAAAAUUGGACCACUUAGAAGAUUCAAUGGAUUUUCGGUUCCUACGCCACUAAAUCACAGUACUUUUACCGACAUUGAAUUCUCUACAAAUACUUUGGACUGAUUCACCCUUGUCUAGACGCUCUAGGAUAUCAAGUUUUUGUUACAUAGUCACAAACGUAUUUUUACGUUUUUCACUAAUUUUAGAAAACAUUUUUCUCCAAGUAAACACGCACACUCACUUACACAACACUUAGUCAAACAUACACUCACAAAUUAACGUACGGUACAGUAAAAUCUCACUUUAUAACAAUAACGAAUGUCACAAGUUAAGUGCAACCGGUCGAUAACGAAACCACCCGUGCACUAUUCUGACAUAAAAACUGUAGUUUGUGUGUACGGCCGGAAACAAAACAUUUAAGUAAAGACCUGUCGAAAGUCAUUAGCCCCCGGCGCGGUGCGGCGGAGCAAUGUAACGGAUAUGAUUCAUCCUCCCAGGACCGGCCGAACUAUCCGGCGGCCGAUCCAGCCGAGGGUGUCUACUGUACACAACAAUCAGGACAUUCAAGUGAAAAUGUUGAUUGAACUGUCACUGGUAUACGUGUUGAUAGAUCAGACUAUUUAACUGAAUUUGUUUUAUUAUUGGAAAAAAAGUUUGUAACAGGAUGUAAGUUUUGUAAAUACCCUGUGUUGUAUUUUGUUUCAAUUAUUUCCUAAACAUAAUGAGUGUUUUACAUAAACAUGCUUAAAAAACAUUUUUAUUCAGUUUUGGGUUAGGCCUGUAUUAAACAUCUAAAAAAUAUUUUGCACUUUUUGAUGUUUUAAAUGCUUUAAAAUUCAAAUGAAAAAUAAAUGUUGGAAUUUCCGGCACAUUUGAAUCCCUACACCUCAACCGCAAAAAUACUGACUGUCUCGUUUUCGAACAAAGUUUUUAUGGCCAGCCCAAAUAAGAUAUGUUUAAAAUUUCUCAUAUUAUUUGUAUAAUUUUUAAUACAGUUUCAUCUGUUUCCUCAUAAAUGAAGCGAAAUAGGGUACAAUUAUAAUUAAAUUUAAGUAGAUUUUAUCCAGCCUUUUCCUAAAGCAAAUAUUAAAUCAACCAUAACAACAUGUAGAAAAAAUGAUAAAGCAAUAUCUUGAGAUAACUCAAGAUGUUUUUAUGCUCCUAAUAAUUCCACUUUGCUAAAGCUAUUUUUUAAUAAUUUUUGAGUCUCUAGAUUCUUAUUCAGAAAAAAUAUCAAAGUUUGGAAUGAACAUAACCUCAAAAUGAGAUAUUUAUCCAUUCAUUGAGGUACCGCAACUCUGAGAAAAGUGUUGCUAUUAAAUAAUCUUUGGAACAAUGCUGUUUAUCCUCAAAAUUUUGCAUCAAUUUCAUGAAUUCCAGUUAUUUUAUAACACACUAUUUGUAAAACAGAUUGCUCUGAAGUAGCUUCGUUUAACUAUUGAACUCUUUAUAAAUGUUCAGUUUCUUUUAGAUGGGAGUCUACAUCAGUAAAAACUUCCAAGUAUACAAGCUAAGCUAGUGUAUGGAAACAGAUAGGACUGAGGUUAUUACUAAUAGAGUCAUGAAAAUACUUAUAGCACCACUUCUAGAAACGUCUUAUAUAAAAAUAACUUUACAAAACGUGAGAAGUGUUUCAAGAAAUGCUGGAACUAGACUCAAGUAGCUGACACUCAUUAUGGAAAACCAUGCAGUUAAAUUAGGAUCCACACGUGAAGAUGAGAACCAGAAUAUUUAAGAAUGGGGCAAUGUACUUUUCAUAGAUGAUAAGAUAUCAAAAAAUUUUGGAGGGUCUAUCAUGUUGUCGGGUGAAAUAUCUUUUACAAAGACACACCAAAUUUGGUAAUUAUAAACGAAAAAUUUUUUUCGAAAUUUUUGGUCCAAUUUUGCCCCCUAUCGUUAUAUUUUGGUCUCCCCUGUACGUCUCUGUUCUGUAACUCCCUUUUUAUGUAAAUAAAUUUGUUGAAUAUAUUAAUUAUUAUAUUACUAAGUAUUA